UACUCCCUGGGAAAGCCAGCCAAUGACAGCAGGGCGGCAUCCGAUUGCAUAACCCAGGGAGAUGAGGAGUCCGAGCUUUCAAUAAGAGGCAGUCACCAGUCUCUCAGUAGGGCCGCUGGAAGGGAAUGAUGGAUGGCUAACUGUGUUUUAACAGACUCCAGAUCUCUACCAGGAGGUCUAAAAUGGAACCAGUGGAGAAAUGGUACAAAGAUUUGCUCGUUCUCAAGGCUCUGGACAAAAAGUUGAACUCAAAGGAAAAUGGGACUACAGGCUCAUGCCCAAAUUUGGUAAUAAGUAGAAGCGAUCAACCAGACUGCAAGCAUAUCACCAUGACAUCUAGUCCAAAGCUUCCAGUUCGAUCACACAGGCCCCUCUGUUUGUCUGUCUCAUCCGAUGGCAAUGGGAGAUAUGUGGCUUUGGAAUCCCAGGAUUUUAAAAGCAGCCUGAAAUCCCAGAUGGUAAAGGCUGAUACCACUAGAGCUUGUAGCAGCACUGGUUCUCUGGAGAGAGCUUCCCUCUUUUGCGCUUCUGGGUCAAACACAUCCACCUCAAAUUUAUCAGGUUCCAAUGAAACACUGGCUAAAACAAAGUCAUCCAGCAGGUUCUCCUUAUUUUCACCCCCUUGGAACAGCAGCUCAGAAUCUGACUCCAACCCUCCUUCGAGAUCUGGGUCCAAAAAGCUCAAGAACCACAGCCGCAGAUCCUUAAGUAAAACAGACAGUCCGAAGGACUGCAAACGGGGCAUUCCUGAGCAGCUGCAGUACACUGAACCAGUCAUCGCCAAGGUAACGGACUACAUUUAUGUGGGGAACCUCAAUGCGGCCUACAGUGGGCGUAUCCUGUGCAAGAACAACAUAGACAGCAUCAUUGAUAUGAGCAAUCUCCCUGGAGAGCUGAACAUGUGUUUAAUUCCAUGUACCUGCUCCAGGAAUGUCAAACACAGUUGGUCCCGUCUCAAGGUCGACAUCAGUGACUUUUCAAAUGACGACGUUUUCCCUUUGAAACAACAAUGCUUUGAAGACAUUAAUGAAUGCAUCAAUGCAUCAACGGAGAAACAGAAACGUGUCCUAAUUCACUGCCGGGAUGGGUAUUCUCUGGCACCAACUUGUAUUAUACAGUACCUCAUGCAGAAGCAGAACAUGCAGCUUAUGACUGCAUAUGAGUUUGUCAGAGCCAAGUAUCCACUCAAUAUCAAGGAAUGUCACCAAAAUCUUUUGGUAAUGCUUGAGAAGUCAUUGAGGCCUGGGAACAUGAACCCUGAGUGUUUUAAACAAGCCCUGUCCCGAAAGAUGGCUUGGACCUAAUUUGAUGGCUUUCAUCACCAUUAAAAUAAAUGCCUUAAGAUUUUGCUCACAAUUUCCAUUAGGUAAAACUGAGAAACCAUCAGAAAGUUUGCUCUGCUUGAAUAUACUGUUUGAGGUACAAACCCAGAGCAAACUAUUUCCUCCCUGAACAUUUCUGUACAUUUUUAUAACCCUAUCAUUUUGCUUUCUGCAUUAAAUUCUUGUAUUAAUGUUUUGCUUGAUUUUCCAAAUGGUAAACUGUAUCAGUAAGAGAUUUCUUUGUAUUAAAUAUAAGGUUAAACUUGAGAUAACAUGAGGAAGCUGUAGCAUUGAAGUAUUGGGAAAUGAAAACUAUAUAUUUUGUUUUCAACAUGUUUUGGUAUCAUUAAAAUACAGGUUUUGGUUGUGAACCAGUAAUUAUUGAAUGUGAUGCAUAUUCACAGGCUAAAUUUACAUUGCUGGCUGUGCAUCAUGUUCUACUCAGGAACAUAGGAAUUUGGAAUGUGAGAUUCACAGAAAUAUAGAAUGCAAUAUUAUAAGCUGGAAUGUAACUCUAUGAUGAUAUAAGACUGUGUUGUCUCUGAAUUUUGCACUGUUCUAGAGUUGUAAUGCAUCUUGAACAGUACCUAAGCAAUGUCAGACUAUCUCCAAGAGUUGGUCACAGAAUGUAUGAGCUUAAUACAACUUGGAGUCAAAUUGUUGGCCCUAACGCCACCCCUACAUUGUUAUGCACCUGAAGCCUUUGGUUUAAAAUGAUAUGCCAUUACAAUACAAUUUAGAUUUACAUAAGUCUGAAUUUCCUUUGAACAUCACCUCUAGGUGGCUCAAAAAGCAUAAGAAGAAUGACAUCAUUCUCCAAGUGAUAGGAAGUAGCUGCCAGAUAAAAGAUGUAAAAUAAAGGUGCCCGCAUGACAGAAUAAAGUCAAUCUACUUUUAUUUCCCCUGGCACCUCAUUCUUUCUUCCACUCUUGCUGGGAGCUCCUAAUCUUUCCCCAGCCUUCACUUCACUCCCAGUGCAGAUUUCCCUCACCCUCCCCCAAUGGAGAUUUCCCACACCCUUAUCCCAGCGCAGAUUUCCUUCACCCUCCCCCCAGUGCAGAUUUUCCUCCCCCU